GUUAUUCAAUCGUUUUGGUUUUCACAUUUAUUUGAUUUUUAAUUAUUCGCAUGAUAGUCAUUUAUUAUUUUUUUCUUUUGAGAAAAUUUAAAAACCAAAAUGCCGAAAACAACAUAUAGCCAAAUGCUUAAUAAUGAGAUUGAUGUUUGUGCCGAUUGUAGCCAAAUAAAUCCAACCUGGGCUUCAAUCAAUCAUGGCACUCUUUUAUGUGAUCAUUGUGCCAUCAUACAUCGCAGCCUUGGAAGAAUUAUAUCACAAAUCAAGCCAAUAAAUUCAAACAAUUGGAAAUCAACCCAAUUGCAGAUGGUAUUAGACUUGUAUCGUAGCGGUUCCAAUUCUAUUUGGGAACAUACACUUUUGGAUCCGCAUGUAUUAUCAUCUGGUAAUCAUCAUCAAGCGACACAUAAUAAAAUUCAUCAACGAAAAAAACCACAACCGAAUGAUCCAUUACAUCCAAAUAAGAGUGAUUUUAUUCGAGCUAAAUAUCAGUCCUUUGCCUUUGUGAACAAAUCGCAUGGUAUUAAAGAUGAUGUUGAAUCCGAAGCUGACAUUAGUGAACAAUUACAUUCGAGUGUACGAACACCUAAUCUUAAAACAAGUCUUAGACUUUUAGUUGCUGGUGCUAAUCCGAAUUAUAUACACUCAGAGAAAUUCAAUUCUCCACUUCAUAUGGCUGCACGAUCUGGCCAAAUGUCUCAGAUUGAAUUAUUACUCGCUUAUGGUGCAAAUUCUACAAUUGUCGAUUCACGAAACAAAUCAGCAAUUGAUUAUGCACGUGAUGCUGGAUAUCAUGACAUUUUUUAUCGAUUAAUUGAACAUCAGUUCGAUUUAACGGAUACCUUGACACGUUUCAUUUGUCAAGGUCGUCAACCUAAUCAUAGAAAUGGUGAGCAUUUUCUAUUCGUAGAUGUAAAGUCGGAAUGGUUAAAUCAUUUGGACAACAUCAACGAUGAUGGUAACAAUAAUAAUGAAACAAGAAAUUCAACCGAAGUGUUUCGCAAUGAACUCCAUCAAAGCUUACAAUCAUUAGGACAUAAAUUAUUUCAAGAAUUAACACGUGAUGUUUACGAUGAACUGGAUCGACGUGAAAUAAAUGCUUUCGUUCUUGCAAAUUAUUUUAACGAAAAUGGAAAAUUAUCUAUUCUUCACCAGCAAUUGAUUAUACCAUUUUUACCUGUUUAUCAGUAUUUUUCUACAACACGAAAUCAAGGAAGACAAAAAUUGGCCCUACUUAACAAUAAAGAAUUAACAUUAUUGAUUGUCGAUGUUCUCAAUGAAGUACGUCGCCGUGUCUACAAUAUACAAUAUUCAUCUGGAAGUUUGAAUAAUAAAAGUACGGGUAAAGAAGAUCGCAAUCGUGGCCAUGAAAACGAAAACGAUGAUUCAGAACCUCUUUAUGAUUCCGUACCAUCGGAAGAAGAAUAUGAAGAUCUCAAUUUUGAUAAUGAAUUGAACACUAUUGUCAACAAUCGAAACAAACAGAAUCAGAAUAAUACACAGCUAAAAUCUUCAAAUACAGCUAUUGUACAAGAAGGUUCUAAUCACGUAUCAACCAUUGAGUAUAAUGCUUUGAAAGAGCAGAUUGUGAAGUCUACAGAAUUGAUGGAAUCGUUUGUUAACGAAAAUAGAACAAUGCGAUUGGAACUUAAUCGUUUGCAAACAAAAUUGGAUAAAUUAGCCGUUGAAAAUCUUCAGCUCAGACAAUUCAUUCUUACUCCAUCAUCAUCAUCCGCUAAUCCUUCAAUGAAAUCAUCAUUGAUCAUAAAUGAACCAAAAAGUACAUCAAUGUUGAUUGAAAGUAGUGAAGACUUAUUAAACAGUAAUAAUAACAUAGCAACCUAUCUGCAUAAUCAACCAACAACAAAUCGUGUAAGGCCACAAUCAAUGUCAACCAUUACAAACGAUUUUUCUUCACAAUCGAUGGCAAUGAUGUCGAUGAUGAAUAAAUCACCGGUAUCAUUUAAUCAUGCAUCACCUUCAGGUUUAUCAUUAUCACCCUCAAAUUCAAUGAUCAACUAUAAUAAUCCUAAUAAUCAACGAAAUUUAUCACCCCAUAAUUAUAAUAUGAUAUUCAACAGUAACAAUAAUAGCAAUGAUUUUAACGAUCAACGUCUUCAUCAUUCAUCACUUAUUGAUUCAUCAUCUUCAUUAUCUAGUCAAUUGCAACAAACAUCGAACAAUAGAUCAUCAUCUUCACCCCAUUCACAGCAUCAUCAACCAACUCCAACACUCAAACAGCCUUUGCAGACAAAUCAGACAAAUUUAAAUGAAAUGCGGCCAUAUACAAAUGCAGCCGGAACAAUUUCGGCCAAUACAAGUCUUUCGAAAUCAAGUGCCUCGAAAACUACUCUGCCGACUAAAGAUGAGGUUAUUAGGAAAAUUGAAUUUAUAACAAAUGGAAUCAAAGAAUUGCUUAUUAAGGCGAAAGAAGAGAAACAUAAUGAAUUCCAUCAUUGUUCGGAACGAAUUUGUAAUUAUGUAUCAGAUAUGAUCAAUUUAUUUCCUGAGUCAAUAGAGUCCUCAAAUACGGAUAACCUAUUACAAUUGAAUCAGGCAUUCACACUAUUACAGGGCAAUGUGAUUCAUCUGAAUGAAUUGUGCCAUUCAUACCAAAAUCGUCCUUCAUUACGUUACCAACAUAGCAAUUCAACUACUACUAAUCAUCAUGAAAAUAAUCGAUAUAAUUAUAAUAAAGUUAUUGAUAAAGCAGCCGAAGUAGCAUCAUCUGUAAAAUCGAUAAUCAAUCUGUAUAACAUACAGGCCACAACAGCAGCCGCCAUCGUUCAAUAAAUAAAUUGAUGAUUACAAU